AUGUGGAAGUUCGGCACCCACGCCAUAUCCGUCCGAGAUCUCGAGCAGGUAGCCGAGUAUCAGGGGACGCGGUUGAAGCGCGGUGACAUCCUGAUCACCACAACCGGCUUCACCGAGGACCUGGCAGCCGAGCGCGACGUGGACUGCAGAUGCCAGUCAACGAGAGCGCGCUCCAUCGGACUUGCCACUCCACAGCCCGGGGCCGGCGCUGCCAUUGCGAGCACGUUCGGACUCGUCCAGAUCACAGAUGGUCAUAGUUCCGCUGGUCCAGGGAGGUUAGAAGGCCAUCAGAUACCCAGCAUUGUAACUUGGCCUCAUUCGCCUCUUCACUUCGAUGCAAAAGAAGCCAUGAUUCCUGGAGCUGACACUGUUGCUAAGCAUACGAUACUACUCAGCGCCCGCCGGCCUGUCGAAAGAGGAGGUGCAAGGGAGAAUAAUGGAUCUUUGAAGAACUUUGACAAAGUGCGCACCCGUUCCUCGGUCCAGUCCAGACGAGAUGUCCUCCGCUCAGCUUCACCGACGCCCCUUGGGUCGUCAUCCUACAAGGCGAACCACCACAGCCUGCCCAGGCUGAAGAAGUCCGCCUCGGAUGGCUGCCGCCUGUACAUGCUGCUCUGGGCUGCUGCUCCGCCCCAACUCCCGUCUGCGUCCCCAAGGCCGUUUCGAUUCCAUCUCCCGCACGACAGCCGCGUCCCUCGCACAGGCGUACCACUGGCCCUCGGCACCCGUCCAGGAGCACACGAAGCGGUCUACCUUCCGACAGCGAAGGUGCAGUUCCCUUUCAGAGAACCCAUCACAAGUUUCCACCUCAUCGAACUGAUCGCCCUCAACAAUAAACAGCACGCGCCAGGCGCCGACCCGCCCUUUCGCCUGAGAUAUCAGCUUCCAUGA